CCCCCGCCGAGAGGGCAGCAGGCACGGAGAACACGGCGGAGGCAAAAAAGAAAAACUAAACAAAACGCGGAAAAUGGCUUUUAAAACCCCCCCGAAACCCAGAAAAAGGCUUUUUUAUGGGGUGGCAGAGGUCCUCGCUGAAUUUGAAAGGCCAAGUGACACAGAGGAUUUCGUGGAAUCGGAGAGCAGCGAUAGCAACUACGACUCUGCGGAGGAGGAGGCCUUUCUCCGGGGACGGGACCCUGCUGGUGACGAGAUCGAUUCUGGGUCAGGUGAGGAGUGGGAGCCUGCAUUUCCUAAACGCAGUAGGUUGGUCACCCCAACUCCAGCUGCAUCUCGGGGGCUAUCAAGCCCCUUGCCUAGAACCUCCACCCCCACCCAGAGACCAACUGUGAAAAAGAAGGCAGCACAGGGAAGUCCAAGCUCAUCAGGUGCUGCUCUUCUUUCACCAAGAAGGCAAGUUGGGAGUCCACCUCAGGUCUUGGAGCAGGAUGAAGAGGACAGGUGGCAUGACAUCACUGACGAGGAUGAAGAACCCAGUCUCUUCAGAUUUCUUCCCAAGCGACCACCAGGACCACAACUUUUGCCAAACCCAAUAUACUCGCCUCUGCAGUUGUUCCAGCUGUUUUUCAGCUCUUCUGUUGUCCGAACACUUGUGGACAACACAAACAAGUUUGGAGAGGUUUCAGCUGCAGCUGGAAAGAAGAUAAAGUGGGCUGAAGUUUCUGUUGGUGAGUUUUAUGCCUUCAUCGGAAUCAUUGUGUACAUGGGCUUGGUGAAAGUGAAGAGUAUCAAGGAUUUAUGGUCCAAGAACCAGCUGUACCAAUUCGCAUUCCCGUCCACAGUGAUGAGCAGCAAGAGAUUUGCUGCCAUUUCAAGCAAUCUCCAUAUGUCUGACCCUCAGGAGGAUGAAGAAAACAUGAAAAAGAAAGGAACUCCUGCUUAUGACAGACUAUUCAAGAUAAAGCCCCUGUACACCAACAUCCUCUCAGCAUGCCGCAGUUUUUUCCAGCCCAGGAGAGAAUUGUCCAUAGACGAACGAAUGGUGGCUUCUAAAGCAAGAAAUGGACUGAAGCAGUAUAUGAAGGCAAAGCCCACUAAAUGGGGCUACAAAUUGUUCAUCCUGGCAGAUUCAGCAAGUGGGUACACAUGGAAUUUUUUUGUGUACGAAGGGAGAAGUGCCUUCACAUCAGGAAAAGGACUAAGCUAUGAUACAGUCCACACACUACUGGAUUUUUCACUGCUUGGCCAUGGAUACAGGGUGUACAUGGACAAUUUUUACACCAGCCCAACCCUUUUCACUGACCUACUGCAGAACAACACUCUUGCUUGUGGUACCCUGCGUUCCAAUUGGCAAGGAUUUCUACACACAAAACGGAAUGAUCUUCCAAAGAGGGCAGAAAGAGGAACCAUCCGCUGGUACCGACAUGGAAAGCUGCUGUAUGUCAAAUGGAUGGACACAAGAGCGGUAACCAUGUGUUCCACAAUGCACAAGGCCUACAAAGGGGACACAGUGGAGAGAAGGGUGAAAGACAAACAAGGCGUGUGGAGUACCAUCUCUGUUCCCGUUCCGGCUGCUGUGAAGGACUAUAACAAGCACAUGGGUGGCGUCGACCUUUCAGAUGCACUGAUUGGGUACUACAAUGUCCUCCACAAGUGUAGAAAAUGGUACAAGACAUUCUUUUUCCAUUUCAUUGACAUCGGAAUUGUGAACAGCUUCAUUCUGCACCAACAACUGGCUGACAUCCAUGGACAGGCCUCUCUAACACAAAAAGCAUUCAGAGAAGCCUUAGUGAUAGAACUCACAAACGUCAUGAAAAGGUCUGAAGAAGUUGCAGGACCUUCAGACCCAUCCAAGCAGCCAGCCCAGGAGAAGUGCAUGCCUGCAUUCUUUUCUGGUGAUGGUACUGCAGGAAGGAGAAAAUGUGAAAACUGCAAAAAAGAAGGGCGGCAAACAAAGACUCCAGUUUUCUGUGCAAAAUGUGACGUGGCGUUGUGCCUAGUACCAUCACGCAACUGCUUCAAGCAGUGGCAUGAUGAAAAGUAAAAGAAGGCAGAA